AUGGCGAUGCUCGUUGCUUGCGAUCCCUGUCGGCAGCGAAAAAGAAAGUGCGAUCGCCAAUCUCCUUGCGGUCGAUGUUCCAAACAAGCGCGGAGGUGCUGCUACCCACCCCACAGCCUGCCUGACGAGCACUCUGUGAACCAGCUGUGGGUGGUCGUCUCAAGCCAGCUGUAUCAAUCCUGGGCAAUCCACUCCCCAGACGUCCCAACAUUCUACCCCAUAGCAUCCCGCUGGUACAUGCCACGACUAGUCAACCAAUUCGUCGAGGGUCUCGGCGCAUGCCGGCUGCCUCAGGUAGAUGACCACAGCACAGCGCACCAUAUUCGCACACACUGGAUGCAAGGAGCCCUGAGCGAGCCGUGUUUGUUCCAUGCCACUCUAUACGCGGGGUCGUCAAACUCCGACCUUCAGGAAGGGAAAAGCCAGAGUUGGAUAACUCUAUACCAUCAGAAUGAGGCGGUCCGCCUGCUGAAUGAACGCCUUUCCGACCUGAAGUUUGCCGCCGAUGAUAAAACCAUUCUUGCGAUUCUCUCCCUGGCGAUCUUUGCGAACAUGAACGGAGAUCGAGGGACAGCCGACAUUCACAUAGAAGGAAUUCGCAAAUUGGUAGACAUGAGAGGCGGCCGUGACCAGCUGGGCUGCGAUGGGAUAGUAGCAGGCCUAAUACAGAUGAAUAACAUUAUCUACCAUAUUGUGUUUGAUUUGGAUCCGACAGCAUUUUUAACCCUGCCAGCCCCAGUCGGGCUUGAGGACCGCAUCCUUCAUCCUUCAAAGGCAUUGUCCAUUCCAGGGGUUCGACAUAUCUUAAAUAUGUUUGAGCAUCUCCGGACAUUCAAACUGGACUAUCAGACUAACACAGCUAAUCAUCCCCAAGCACAUGAAUACAGCAAGUCCACAACAAACAAUGACGACCCAUUCUUCCACUGCUGCUACCUAGCAGUGACGAUAUUCUACUUGAUUGUGCAUGCGAAGCCUCAUGAUCCAACGAACUCAAUAAAAAUAGACUUCUUAACAAGUGAGCUCCAAGCAUCACUGGCGUUAGUCAACAUCGAGUUAUGGAUCACCCAGAUACCUGCACUACUCAGCUGGGUUUGUCUGACCGGGGCGGCUGCAUCAGACAGUACAGAAAGACGCAUCUGGUUUUACAUCCAACAGGCGUCUGCUGCGAGGGUGCUCGACAUCAAGACUGGCCCGGCGUAUCUGGAUGACGUGUGGGCGCACUUCUACUGGCUUCGCAUGAUGCGGCUGCGUCCUCUAACUAGUGCAGUUGAGGAAAUACCACAAUUAUGA